ACACACACACACACACACACACACACACACACACACACACACACACACACAUAUACACAUACAGUGCUAGCAGGCAGAAGCAGUGAGCCAGCCAACAGAGAGCCUGUCGACCAGCAGCCAUGACAGACACCGACUCUCUGAGCGAGGCACUAAAGGCUAUCAGCGUGAGUACAGAGCUGAUUGAGGAGGAGCUCAAGCCUCAUUUGGACACAGUUCUGGCUUCUCUCCUGGAAAAGAAGAAAGAUGCUGCUGUUGAGAUUACCAGAAGUGGGAUUCUACCCACACUGGCUGAGGUUUUACAGAGUAAAAGCAGCCUGAGCUGCCAGGUGGCUCUGGUGGUGGCAGAAAUGGCCCGUGAAGCUGCAGUCAGGGAGCCCUGCAUUGAGGCAGGCCUGGUGAAGGUGCUGGUUCCCCAUCUGAACAGCAAUAACCAGGAGGUGCUGCUGAACACUGGCCGGGCCAUAGGACGCAUCUGCUUUGACAACUCAUACCAACAGGACCAGUUAGUCCAGAGUGGUGUCAUCCCCAGACUGGUGUCCAUAAUGAGGGAGUAUCCAGAGAACGACCCACUGGUUAACGUCUGCCUGCUGGCCCUCUGUAACCUGGCUGACAUGGACUCAGCGAGGGAAGCCCUGGCAGAGCUGGCCAUGGCAGAUGUACUGACAUUUCAGCUGAAACGGGCGCCUGAUGCUGAACGCCGACAUGUCAUCCUGGAAAUACUGGGCGCACUGGGCGAGAGUGAUACACUGAAGCUGCAGUUUGCAGAGUCGGGAGUACCCGAGGCUUUAUCAGAAAUGAUUCAGGGCCUGCAGGGAGGUUCUGACCCCCACGACCUCUGCAGCAUCAAGAUUGCCUCCAACCUCAUAGUCUCCCUGCUUUUAGGAGAUGAGUCUAUGCAGAAGUGUUUUGGUGAGGGCUCAGGUCUGGUGUAUCGGGACGUUCUGUCCUGGCUACAGAGCCCCAACACUCAGCUGCAGCUGUCUGGAGCCUUGGCCAUUGCCAACUUUGCCAGGAAUGACAGUAACUGUGUGAAGAUGCUGGACCUCGGGGUGGUUCCUCACAUCCUGACCUUGUUGGAGCAACAUGUCGACGAAGGAGAUGUGUCUGUUCAACAUGCUGGACUGAGCGCACUCAGAAACCUGGCCAUUCCUGCCGCUAACAAAGUACGGAUGCUGGAGGAUGGGGUGACUGAGAGGAUAAAGACCCUGCUGCGCUCUGACAUGCCACCAGUUCAGUUCAAACUGCUGGGUACACUACGCAUGAUGGUGGAUGGACAAGAGGAGGCAGCUGUAGUGCUGGGGAGGGAUGCUGUGCUGCUGGCUCGGGUUAUGGAGUGGUGUGAGGCCAAAGACCAUGCAGGAGUCCGAGGAGAAGCCAGUCGCCUAUUGGCUGCCUUCAUCAGACAUAGCCGCAGCCCCGAAGUUGUCCAUGCUGUAGCCAAAGCUGAUGGGGUUCGGCACCUCAUCUCCAUGGCAACAAGUGAGCAUGUCAUCAUGCAGAACGAGGCCCUGGUUGCCCUGGCGAUAGCAUCUGCCAUUGAUCUUGAGUCUAUGAAGGAUCCAUUUGGGGAGGUGGAGCUGUUGUCCAUGCUAAAGAAGAUGUUGGAGGAUCCCGUAGGGGCAGUUGAAGUCAAGUUCAGUGCUUUAGGUCUCAUCUGCAGCCUGGCUAACUCAAGUGUGAUGAAGGCGGAGUUGAACUCAGUGAAUAUGAAGGAAAGCCUAAGUAAACUGACAGAUCAUAGCAGCAGUAAACUUGCCACACAGGCCAGCUCCAUACUGGCCAUUCUCAGUGACACCAGCUAAACCAGCACACUACAACAACAAAUGGUCUCACUGUAUCUUCUGUAUGGAUUUAGCAGCUUGUUCAAUGACAUAUUUUAAUUCAAAUGAUCUUACUGCACAGAUGUUGCUAAAUAUCGAAUUGGCUUCUAAAAAUGUCACCUGUUUGUGGCACAAAAAAAAAACUAAUUAAAAAAACUAGACUAGCAUGACUCUGUGCCCCCAGUUACAACUUCCAGAGGCUGCAAUGUUCACAGGAGGAAUAAACAACAUACUGUAAUUUCCAGUUUUUAAACCCUGAACAGAAAUAGGGCUAAAAUUUCAAUGUUGGGUGCAAAUUUUGUCCUAAAGGAAAGGCCAUGAGGUCAUUAAAACCGAAGUGGUUCAUACAGUCAGGAGCAUGAAUGUACUCAGUGAAUUUCAUGGUAACCUACAAAUAACUAUACAAAUGUACAGUAAAUGUUACAUUGUGGUGGCAGUAGAGGAAAGGUCAGGGGGUCUACAAAAACAGAGAGAUUCAUCCUCUGUGGACCAUUAAUAUCCACAGGAAGUUUUAUUGAAAAUCCAAUGUUUGUUUUUCAAAAUACCUUGACAUGGAACAAAAAGUUGUUCAAAGGAAAAUAAUGACAAUUACAUUUAUCUAAUGACAUUGGACAAUGAAAAGUCUAAAAUCUGGUCUUUGCAUCAUUCUGGUAAUCUGGCCUGUAGUUGUUGUGGUAUCUUGCUCUGAACCAAAGUUGUGGGUGGAUGGGCAGAUGGACUUACAUUGCCUUCUUUGGGCUCCUCAGGUAGGGGGUCAAAAAUAUUAGUGCAAAUUACUUAUACUUAUGGGAUGCAAGCUCAUGCUUACAAUUUGGUAUACACGGAAGUUUGAUACUUCAAAGCAAAUUAUCAAAAUUUCAAUUGUGGUAUCUUUAACUUUAGGUGAGGUUUAGCUGCAGGUAUAUCAUAUAAAGUUCAAGAAUCUCAAAAGAUUCAGAAAUGUACUAAAAUAUGUUGAAAAUGCACCCAGAAUAUAAACAAAGAAGAUUACAGUAAGAAGUUUUCUUUUUCUAUAUUGAACAAGUGAAAAUGUGGCAAAAAGUGACUAAAACUUCUAAGGUCCACUUAUUACAUUCCCUUCAGAGCUUUCGGCGACAUCUCAUGGCCUUCAACAGUGGAUUGAGUUUGCCUGUUGUCAUGGAGAUUGUUCGGUUGUCAUCACAUGACAUAAGCUUGGAACUUCGGUAAAAAAAAAAAAAAAAA